UUGGUUCUGAAAGGGAAGUGGAGAGAGAGAGAGAGAGAGAGAGAGAGAGAGAACGAACAAGGGACGUGUUCUUGGUUAGUGAAAUUUGUGUAAUAUAAGGAAGCGCUCAGUAAUCCCGACAUCCCCCAGGUGUCCUCAACCUGUCGCCUGACAUCCAGUGCAGUGUGAGUGCACCGGAAGGAGAAGGGGAAAUCGACAUCUGUCAUGGCCAAUCGGGGAGCAGCGACUAGGCCCAACGGGGCAAGUGCGAGCAACAAGAUCUGCCAGUUUAAACUAGUUUUGCUGGGAGAGUCUGCAGUUGGCAAGUCGAGUCUCGUACUGCGUUUUGUCAAGGGCCAGUUCCAUGAGUUUCAGGAGAGCACUAUAGGAGCGGCCUUCCUGACUCAAACGGUGUGCCUGGAUGACACUACAGUGAAGUUUGAGAUUUGGGACACAGCCGGGCAGGAGCGCUACCACAGUCUGGCCCCGAUGUACUACAGAGGAGCGCAGGCUGCCAUAGUGGUCUACGACAUCACUAACGGAGAGUCAUUUGCCAGAGCACAGAACUGGGUAAAGGAGCUUCAGCGGCAGGCCAGUCCAAAUAUUGUCAUUGCUCUGUCUGGAAACAAGGCUGAUCUUGCGAGUAAGAGAGCUGUUGACAUCCAGGAAGCCCAGUCUUAUGCAGACGAGAACAGUUUGCUUUUCAUGGAGACAUCAGCCAAGACCUCUAUGAAUGUGAAUGAAAUUUUUAUGGCUAUUGCUAAGCGGUUGCCGAAGAGUGAGCCACAGGCUCCUGGAGCUGGCAAUGUGGCCAAUCAGCCCGUGACAUUAACCGAUACGGCCCCACCUCCCAGAAACGGAGACUGCUGCUAACUAAUGCAAAACACCCCUCGUCCAAACUAACGCAACGCCUUGCCUCCACCCCAGACUUGUUUAUGGCUGUAACUAAUGACAUGCCCUAUUUUGUUCCAUUGCAUAACUCAGUGGUCUGCAGAAACAAAAGCUAAGCUCCUCUGUCCCUCUGGACCUUAUUACACUGCUUCUGUAUUUUUCUCUGAUGGUUAUGGCUUAUGCUCAAACAUAACUCUCUGAAAAAAAUUAUUAUUGACCUUUAUGCCGUUCAUUAUCCCUGGCCAACAGGGUGGCACUUCUUAGAUAGAUAAAGACUCUCUAAAAUGAUAUGUUAAAAAGGAUCUUAUUGUUUUCUAAUGCUUUGUUAUUAUUAUUUUCUUUGUUUUAAAGAAAAGUAUUUUGAAGCAUGCACCUUUCACUAAUAGGCCUAAACACAAAUCAACAUUUUGAACAUUAUUCUGAGGCACAAGCAGAAAAAGAGAGAGUAUGUGACCGAUUGAUUCCCUUUUCUUUUAGCAUGUUUUUUUGUCACGUCUGACUCUACGUCCAUCUAGCCACCUGCAGACAUAUGUUGACGAUACUGCCUGAAAACUGCAACAAAAAACAAAAUAUUCUCCCUGUUUUUCACAUUCACAUGCAGCCAUACAUGUUGCCACAGCCUCUCUGGCCUGAACAGAGCAGUCUUCACUAAUCUGUCAGAUCUUUUGUGUGCACGUGAGUGCCUCUGUCUGUCCGCUAGCAUGCAUGUUUGGAUAAAGUUGUCCAGGUACUACAAGGUCAUUUUGACCCAUAUUCUGCGCUUUACACAUGAUCCCCUCUCUUUAGCACACAUGUCCUGAUGAUGUACUUUUUACUGUCUCUCUGGUUUGAAGACACAUGCCUUGCACUAAUUUUGUGUGACUAUAUCUGCUAUCUGCCCUAAGUACAGCCUGUGUGUGUGUGUGUGUGUGUGUGUGUGUGUGUGUGUGUGUGUGUGUGUGUGUGUGUGUGUGUGUGUGUGUGUUAGGUAUAAUACAUACAUGUAUACAUAUAGUGAGGGGAGAUAAGUAUUUGGACACUCAGACACUUUUGGUAUUUAAUACACUUGUAGUAGUUACCCACAUCAUAUUCAUAUAUAUAUAUAUAUAUAUAUAUAUAUAUAUAUAUAUAUAUAUAUAUAUAUAUAUAUAUAUAUAAUAUUCAGAAGUAAAAUGAAAAUUAGUAGUUGAAUAGGCAUUGCUGGCACUUAUCAUUUUUGCCAGUAUCUCUUUGCAGAAUUGUAAAUGUAUCUAUCAAUCUAUCACUAUCAAUCAAGUCAAUUGCCUAGGAAAAAAGCAUGUCUUGGAAUCAGUCUUAAGGCAUUGUGUGUGUGUGCUCACAGUCUUGUUGAAAUACACAUCUUCUCCAUGUAUUUAGUUUCCUUACGUAUUUGUCCCUAAUGAGUCUUGAUGCAGCACUCUGUUCUAGUUUUAUUCAGUGGUGUGCAAUGCCCAAGUAACAUUUUCAGCCUUGUAAUCCUGAUGGGCCCACAGUGUUUCGCAGUGGUAACUGUGUUCUUGGUAUCAAGCACACAACCUUACAAUUGUACAAACAUGACAUGCUAAGCGAUUGAUAGAGUUUUCAAAAUUAUUUUGUUCAAAGUGGUAUAUGAGAUGUAGAGCCCAACUGGAAUGAUUUGGUCUGACUGCUGCUUUUAGUUUGCAACUCUUUUCAUGAGACAGUUGGCUUUUAUUUAGUGAUUCCAUGAACUUUCCACCUGUAUAAUAGAGAAACAAUCGUACUGAUAGACAUGUUUAAAUCGUUUGUUAAAGCUCUGUAGCUAAUGCUGUGAGUGUGCUUAACCGUGUUCUCACUGAGAACAUGAGAAAGCUCUUGACCGUCACCAUGAUUGCUAAUCUUUGUAUAAAUUCUAUUCUGUAUCUUAUGCAUAUGUACAUAUACAUUUAGUUUCAUAUUUGUAAGCUCACAGUCAAAAGACAUUGUGCUUUCAAUACACAGUAAGUAUAAAUACAAUUUCCCCUUA